UGCAUGGAGCUGAUCGAGCAUAAUCUGGACCUCUUCACAUAGACACAGUUUUCCGAGAUAUAGCGAACGAAGAGCACGUCGAUCUUCGUCAUUUAUUUUGUGUUCAGUUAGUUUGAUAUUCGUGAAAUCAUCGCGAGAAGAUUACUUUAUUUAACGUGGUUCCUAGAGAGAAAGAUGGAGCCCAGUGAUAAGUUUAAUAAUUGUGCCAUCAGAGUGAAAGAGGAGCCUAGUGAUGAGUCGCCUGAUCUCAAAAACUUCCCACUCUUACCAUUCCCACCAGAUAAUUCGAUUCAAACAAUUAAAAAAUGCGAAGAAAAUCUUGGAAGUGAACUCGACGACGAAGUGGAAAUAAUUGUUGAAUGUGAAGACGUCAAGCCCAGCAUUCGUCCAUUAACAGUUAUGAAAAUUGAAAAUUGUUCUGAAGAUCACUUGGCGGCUAUUGAAAAUGGUAACGAAUAUCUAACUCAAAACAUAAUUAAAUCAGAAGCUUUGGAUGCAGUAAAAAAAGAAUCACUAGUGAACGACGUAAAUCAGUUAAAUAUGAAUUCCAACUGCAGAAUCAGCGAGCCCAAGAAAAGAAGAGUAGUUAUGAAAAAUUUGAAUCAUAAUCAUCCUUGUGAUAGGCGCGAAAAAACAUUUUCAACAAAGAGAAAGCUCACAAACCACAUCGAUGUAGUGCAUACUGGUAUCAAACAUAAAUGUGACAAGUGCGGAAAAAAAUUCACAACUACGCAUAAUCUCAAAGUUCACAUAGAAUCGAUGCAUAAUGGUGUCACACAUGCAUGCGAUACGUGCCGAAAGACAUUCAAGCACAAGACCAGUCUCCGUACUCACAUCGAUACGACGCAUAAGGGUAUAAAGCAUAAAUGCAGUAAAUGCAAAAAGACAUUCACGACUGCGAAAUACCUCAAAUGCCACAUAGAAUCAAUGCAUAAUGGUGUCACACCUACGCAGAGGCAUAUUUAGGUAUAGGCUAAGUAGGCUAUAGCCUAGGGCGGCAAAUUUUGAGGGGCGGCAAGCUGAAGAGAAAGAAAGUAAACAUGAAAAUGUCAUGUCAAAAACCCCAAAGUUGGGCAAAUUUUUUAACCCGUUAACGCCCAAACGGACAGAAUUUUCUUUUCUUAUGUAAUUUACAAUUAAAUCAUCUAUUGGAGCGA